AUGGCAGGCGCAGAUGGCUCUCCAGUGGACGACCAACCCCAGCCUUUCAACGCAACCAAACUCGAGCCAGCAAAGAAACGCAAAAGAUCACGCUCGCCCUCUGGAUCAACUCCCAAACGUCUUUCAGCGCACACCGAUUCCCGGCGCUCUCUCUCACCCAAUCCUCAAGAACGCCAGCGAACGCCCUCACCUUCUUCCCAAACCCGCAAGCAGAAGCGUCCGGGCCAGCGAGCACGAAUCACCGACGCAGAGCGCGAGCACAUACGCCAGAAGCAGAUUGAGCGGGAGAAGGAGAUCGAGGUCGCGAAUGCAAAGCAGGGGAUUCAUGAUGCCGUUAAACAACAUUAUAAUGCUGUUCCUGAGCGAGGCCGGGACUGGCGCAAGACAGAUAGUCGUAUUAAGGGAUUGAGAAGCUUUAACAAUUGGGUCAAGAGCACGAUAAUUCAAAAGUUCUCGCCGAAUGAAGACUACACUCCUGGUGCACAAGAACGGGGUGGGAUGGUCUUUGCGGAAGGUCCUACUGAGGCGAAGGGUCUGCUGGUUCUUGAUAUUGGGUGUGGGAAGGGAGGGGAUCUGGGGAAGUGGCAACAGACGCCGCAGAAUGUGGAGCUUUACGUUGGCUUAGAUCCGGCAGAUGUUUCAAUUGAUCAGGCUAAGGAGAGGUAUCGACAGAUGGCGAGUCGUGGCGGAGGUGGUCGAGGCGGACGGGGACGAGGAGGUUAUAACAGCAGACCACCACCAAGACUAUUCCAAGGAGAGUUCUACGCACAAGACUGCUUUGGCGAAUCAAUUGAAAAGGUCUCACUAGUCAGAGAAGUGGGCUUUGACGGUUCUGGCGGUCCAUCUCGCUUUGGUGGAGGUGGAUUCGACGUAGUCAGCAUGAUGUUCUGCAUGCACUAUGCUUUCGAGAGCGAGGAGAAAGCCCGAACCAUGCUCAAGAACGUCGCAGGUGCGCUGAAGAAGGGAGGCCGAUUCAUUGGCUGCAUACCCAAUUCAGAUGUCAUCAGUGAGGAAGUCCGGAAGUUCAACGAACGCAUCGCCGCUAAGCCAGAUGAGGAGAAACCCGCAGAGGACGGAGAGAAGUCAGAGAGCAAAGAACUCGGGGAGCUAGAGGAAGGCGAAGCAGAAGAGACCGCCGAAUGGGGCAAUGACAUCUACCGCGUCCGCUUCCCCGGCAAGACGCCAGCCGAUGGUAUCUUCCGGCCCCCCUUCGGCCAAAAGUACAACUACUUCCUACACGAGGCCGUCGAGGAGGUACCGGAGUACGUUGUGCCGUGGGGAGCUUUCCGUGCGCUUGCCGAAGACUUCAACCUCGAAAUGCAGUACCAGAAGUCGUUCGACGAGGUCUGGAACACGGAGAAAGAUGACGAGGUUUUGGGUCCUCUGAGUGAGCGGAUGGGCGUUAGAGAACGCGGUCGUGGUCCUCUGCUUGUCAGCCCUGAGGAGAUGGAGGCUGCUAGCUUUUAUGUGGCGUUCUGCUUCUACAAAGUCUAG